CACAUCCUCCUAGAAAUCAGAGAACAAAGAUGGAACUUAACCUAGAGGAAGUCAAAAGAGAAGUGAUCAAGCCUGCUUCUGUUUCUGGUUCACCUCGCAAUGACCAAAUCCAACUCUCCCUUGUCGACUUCUCAAGUCCACCAUCUUACGUCUCUGCGGUCUUCUUCUACAACAACACCACCAAUGAUCUCACCUCCCAGAAACUGAAAACAUCUCUGUCCCAAACUCUUUCACGUUUCUACCCUCUUGCUGGACGCAUAGAUGACGGCUCCAUUAGCUGCAACGACGAAGGAGCCGUCUUCACAGAGGCACGUACUGAUCUACUUCUCUCUGACUUCCUCAAAACGUUAAACAAUGACUCCUUCGAGAAACUCCUUCCAACAGCGGCUCAAGGAGAAUCUCCCACAGCUUGGCCGUUGCUUAACGUCAGGGUCAGUUCCUUUGGGUCUGGAUCAGGUGUAGCGGUCGCUGUAGGUGUCUCUCACCUCAUAUGCGACGCGUCUUCACUUUUCACUUUUGUCUCGGACUGGUCCGUUACAACAAAAGGGAACUCUAAUGAUAUUACGGUGAACAGUCCUGUUUUUGCUUCGACCACUAUCUACCCUCCUGCGAAUGCUACAUUUCAGGUCCCAAAAAUGGACGCUCUUACUGGUGCCAAUGAGAAGUGUGUGAUCAAGAGGUUUGUCUUCGAAUCAUCGAAGAUCUCAGAGCUUAAAAGCAAGGUCACUAGCGAAACUGUGGCUGUUCCUACACGUGUUGAAGCCAUCACGGCAUUGAUAUGGAGAUGUGCCACGAAAGCCGCUUCAUCAAGAGGCAAAAACGGGUCAUCGAUGAUAACUCUAGCCAUGGACUUGCGUCUUAGGACCUCUUCUGAUGUUGUUUUGUCAGAAGACGCUAUAGGAAACCUACUAACGUUCUUCUUUCUCAGCAAAGAACCAGAGAGCGACAUGGAGAUGGAUCAGCUCGUGGCUCAGUUCAGAAAGGCUAAAGAAGGAGUUAAUGAGAUGGUCAAAGCGAGUGCAACUUCAGCCGCACUUGGCCAGAACUUGAUGAGUAAGGCUUUUGAGUUCAUGUUAGCGUUAAGACCAGAGACAAACUUAUUAGCUGUGACUAGUUGGUGUAAUAAACGUUUUUAUGAAGUUGACUUUGGAAUGGGUGGUCCGGUUUGGGUUGGACCUAGUACUACUAGUGUCCCUGAGAAUCAGUUGUGUGUCUUGUUGAUGGAUGCAAAGGAUGGGAAAAGUGUAGAAGCAUGGAUAGGCUUACCCGAACAAGACAUGGCCGUGUUCAUGCAUGACCAAGGUUUGCUUGCUUACGCAAGUCUAAAUCCGCCUAUCCUCAUCUAAGUGAUGAUCAUCGACCAUGGUGACAUCUACGUUUGGAGCCAAGGAAUAAAAAUCUCAUAUAUCCAAAAAAAAAAGAAGACAAUAUUGGGUGAACAAAUGAGGACAAUCCUUUAAUUUAUGUUAAUUUACUUUAUGGAAUUUUAUGAUAUUUUGAUCUUGUUUUUAAUUAAAAUUAUGGGUUGUCGAUUUCAUCUACUGUAUGUACAAUAUUAAUAUAUAUAAGAAUAAAAUUUCAUAGUAC